AUGACAGGCCUCCCUUCCACACCACCCGACAUCUUCAAUGCUAGUUCCGUCUCGGAGAUCAAAGCGACCCUCCUUCACCUCCACGAUCAGGAAGCCGCCGUCACCGCCCGCCUCGAUGCUCUCGUAGCUUCGCAAAAGGAUUUCUCACGAGAGCUCGGACGACUAGACUUACUACGUGCACAUCUGGGCUCGCAAGUCAACACUGCUAGAAACAUCAGCCAUGGCAUGCUAUCUCCCGCUGCGGCAACUGCCGAACGCAUCUCCGGUGCAGUGCGACGACUGGACUUGGAACAAGCUCGAGUAAAAGCGACGUUGGAAGUAGUCGAGCAAGUCGCCGAACUCAAGGCAUGUGUACUAGGGGUCAAUGGUUCGAUGGAAGGUCCUCAAGACUGGGAAAUGGCCGCUAGCUAUCUGAAUCGCGCAUCUAGGAUUCCACCAGAGGUCAUUAAUGGUGCAUUCGCAGCACAGAUUGUUCCGACUGCUGAAGUGCCCGAUCCGCCAAGUGUUACUUUGCACAAUGCCGCCGAAUCUUUAUGUGGUUUAUUCUUGAGGGAAUUUGACAAGGCUGUCAAGGAGAAUAAUGGGGCGAAAAUUACUCGAUUUUUCAAGCUGUUUCCUCUCAUCGGUCGGUCUGAAGUAGGCUUGGAUGUUUACGGACGAUACGUCUGUCAGGGUGUUGCGUCGCGAGCUCGGUCAAAUCUGAGUGCUGGGCCGGGUGACUCGCAGAAGAAAGAUGGCUACUUUUAUGCGAGUGCACUUACCAAGCUUUUUGAACAUAUCGCUCAGAUUAUCGACGGACAUGGAGCGCUGGUGGAACGCCAUUACGGCUCUGGCAAGAUGACCCGCGUCAUAGAGAGGUUACAGGUUGAAGCUGAUGUGCAGGGUGGUAUCAUUAUUGAUACGUGGAGUGACGAGAGAAAUGUGGAUCGAAAAUUGACAGAUAUCAAAUCCUACGCAUUUACAUUCUUGGUGCAGAGCUUUUUACCGGCUCAGCGAGCGACAGGGACCCCGCGAACGGGCUCUCCUGCCAACAGAGAAGGACUACAGGAAGGUGACGACGAAAGCGUGGAUAUGAUAGAAAUUGAUGCAAUCCUCAACGAAUUAGGAGUGAUGCUCGGAAGAUGGUCGCUUUAUUGCCGAUUUGUCGGCGACAGUUGCAGGCCGGUCGAAGAGAAUGGCACAGAAGUGCCGUUAAUGCUUCCAGAAUUCUUGCUAGAGUCGACUCUUUCGAAAAAGAUAGCAAACCGAAUGAUCAGCCCUUUCAACACGAUGACUACGUUCUUCCUACGGCGUUCUGUCGAAAAAGCAUUCCAGUUGGACGAACACCCUUCUGGCUUGACACUGAACCUACAACGGCCACUCAGCUCAGAGCCGCCUCAUAUCACGUCGGCUGUUGACGACAUUAUGUAUAUUGUCAACAAGGUUCUGCGACAAUCCAUCGCAACAUCUCAAAAGCAGGUUGUGACAAAUGUGGUGCCGACGUUAUCGAGAGUGCUUGGAUCCGAUUUCAUCGGUAUGAUUCAGCGCAAAAUGCGCGAUGAAUGUUACCCGCGACCUCCAGUGCAGGGAGCCCAGCCUGCCGAGCAGACCGUGAUACAAUUUUUGGUGUUGAUCAACAACCUAGAUGUGGCUGUUGACUACAUUCGGAGGAUCGUACGAGACCAUGUCGAAAGCAAACAGGCCGAUGGAAAGCCGGAAGAAGGGAAGAAUGGUACCGAAGACGCGGGUAAUGGAUUAGUGGCCAUCUACCCUCUUGGAGACGACGCUUCAGUCGUCGCACAGGCUCUACAAUCUUUGUCAACAUCGUUCGAGUCAAAGGCAAACGACUUAGUAUCAGACGGUAUCCAAGUUGUCUUCAACAACGUGAUGAAGGCACGCCUACGACCAAUCUUGGCAGAGGCAUUCCGCGAUAUUGAGUAUCAGCCGCGAGACCACAACGACCCGACGACCAGCACAUAUCAGAACUACGAAGAUGAAGACGAGGAAGACGACGAGCUCCGUCGGGCAGAGAUGGUUCGGCCCCGAUUUGCAGCGGCAUGGAAGGAGUUGGUGUUGCCCAUCUCCCGGAUCCUCACGACAACGGCAUUUGAUCGUCUCCUGACAAUCACGGUGACCUACUUGGCACGAUUACUCGAAAAAAGAUUAUGGUCGUACCACGGACGGGUCAACGGGCUUGGGGCGAUUCGUUUGGAACGCGAUGUUUCGGGUAUUGUCAACACGGUGGUGGAAGUUGGCAGUAGUCACGGGGCACCGGCGCGGUAUCGACAUCGGGAAACAUUCACGCGCUGUGUACAGAUUACAAUGAUUAUGGCGAUGGAUGAAGAUGAGUGGGAUGAUGUCGUGGGGGGUGGUGAAACGGCCGAUGUGGUGGACAGGCUGAGUGUUGAGGAGCGAGCACGGGCACGAUCGAUGAUGCGGUAA